AGACAUUUCAACAAAAGAUAGCGCAUACUUGAUAUCACCAACAAACGAAAAUAACGAGUGUCUUAAUAUAAACUACCUCUGUCGCUACAAUAACAUCUCUAUCAACCUUAAUAGCCCGAUACUACAACUAAAAGCGACAAAAUCAAACACUCUCCAUCGUUCACGUCUAGUCAGCAACUUAUUGGCCAUAAAAUGUCAAUCAAAGGUUAUCUUUUACAAUCUUCACAAGAACAAUCUCACGGAGACUACAACUGUCUGCUUAUAGACAACAUAGACAAUGUCUACAAGUUCUCCUAUAGUCCUAGAUUGAAGAAUCCUUUCGAAUUACAUCAUCUCGUUUAUCAGCAGCCAUUUAACCAGUCAUUUGAUUAUCGCUUUAGAGCAAUAGAUUUUAGUCCAUAUGAUAGGCAGGCUAAUAACUCAUGCCUCACUGCCAACAACCACCAACUCAAACUGGUUGAUUUUAGAUCACCUAACCCAACUGUAUUACACUCUACAGAUGCAACCAUUACCCAUCUUAAAGGUGUUUUAGAUGCUACAAAUAUUGGUCAUUACACUUCUUCGCUCACAACAACUAAAGAUAUAAACUUCUUCGACAUUAGGAUGUUCAAAGAUAGUUUACUCACUAUAAAACAUCAAAGAGCGUACGAUAGAUCACUCACACUUGACACUAUAGAUACAGGUGACACCGUCUCCGCACUUCUUUUCUCUGCGAAUCACCCACUCUUAUCAAUCUACAACAUAAGCAACAAAAAGGAUUUCCUCCAGAUGGUAACACCGCCAUAUUCCCACAAGCUGCCUUAUGCACCAGCUGGCGGUCAUGCAGUCUAUACCCGUGGCGAGGAGCCCGGCUACGACGUUUUCAUACGUAGCCAGGGAGGCUCGCUCUGCGUCGCACCACUGGCAUUCGAGGAGGUGGAGCCACUCGAUAUCCGCACUGAUCCUUCCGUCUGGGCACUCGAAGUUGACGCUUACUUCGGCGACGGAUUGGACUCCCUCCGCGAACAUACGCUGCGGGAUCUUACGCGGAGCUGGGAUGCCAUCGCGAGUGCAGAGAAGAGUUCGCAACCAAAACGCGCACUCAGCGACCGAGGGAUCCGCUUUGACGCUGGGCUCUAUGCGGAAGUCGACAACGAGCCGGGAUGGACAUACGACAUACCAACCUCUCUACGUCCACCUAAACCUGUGGAGGUAUACAACGACGAUGCCUGUGAAUCCGUCAAUUCGGACCUUGAGGGAUCCUAUACUAUCCUCGCGAAUAAGCAUCCUGGGCGUGCUAACACUGGUGGACUCGUUCAGGAGCUCACGCGAGCCGCCUCAGCGAUGGGUAUCCAUCCAGUCGCACCAGAAGCACACCAAUUUAGCAUUAUGCCACAGCAAGACAUUUCGACGGCUGCCAAUGCACUUCUCUCGGAGUGGAGUCUCGGCAGUGAUCCUGUAACAUACCGCUAUCGCGAUCCCUAUGACUCCGAUAGCGAAGAUGAGCGACCUCUGCUGCCGGAGCCAACACCUUCGCAGGUACCCGUCAAGCAGCGUAGACCACCUGUGGUGGCAUCCACUAAAGAACCACCUGCUGUGCUUUCACAACAACUCGUACAGUCCCAAGCGAGUCAGCCUAGCCAAUCCAGCCAAUCUCAACCAUUUAUGCAGACCCAGGUCGCUCCUGGCAAGUUUGGUGCUCGUCCCGCUCCUCCCAAGAAAAAGAAAAAGCGCGUCGGCGGAUUCUAAUCUAAACUUUAUAAUGUACGAUAGUCAA